AAAGGUCCAUUCUAGACCUUUUUCAAAUGGUCUUAAGAUUUUGACGUGGUCUAUACAUGUAUCGUACACUAACCAGAAAUUGUACAUAAACCAAGGCAAAUCUUUGCUAUGCAUUUUGCCAUACAUUGUAACUGAGGUGGACGUAAACCACUUCUUGUACUUUUCAUGGAGCCCAAAUACACAGCCGGUUACAUUUCAUUCAUGAAAGUAGCUUUAAAACAGUUACUACUACAUUUGGUUACAUUUCAUUCAUAAAAGUAGCUUUAAAACAGUUACUACUACAUUUGGUUACAUUUCAUUCAUAAAAGUAGCUUUAAAACAGUUACUACUACAUUUGGUUACAUUUCAUUCAUAAAAGUAGCUUUAAAACAGUUACUACUACAUUUGGUUACAUUUCAUUCAUAAAAGUAGCUUUAAAACAGUUACUACUACAUUUCAACAUUUUCUUAUUGUCAACAUUAAAAUUGUCCCCUGCGUCACCCUCUGCAUUAGUAACGUGUUAGUAAUGUAUUAGUAACAUGUUCGUAAAGUAUUAGUAAUGUGUAAUGUAUUAGUAACGUGUUAGUAAUGUAUUAGUAAAGUGUUAGUAAAGUAUUAGUAAUGUAUGAGGAACGUGUUGUUAAAGUAUUAUUAACGCUCCGCCCACAGGAAGAGAUUGUGAAAAAACUAGACCCCUUUGAGGCAAACCGAUCGGAAGUAAUCGGAAGGACAACUUGAAGGCGGAGUCAAGCGAACGACGCCAGUUUGUGUCAACGUGCCUUUGAAAUAAAGAGACGUCGUUGCAGGAGCCCCUCCGGGCCGCCGGGGGGCAGCAGACCGAGGCGGCGUUCCCCGCACGGCAGCGAAAAGAAGCCGAGAAGGAAGAGGAGCAACGACAGCGUCUCUGUGGAUCGUCGACUGCUUCCCUUGCGUGACAACACGGGGAUCGCGUUCGGGCUUCGGGUUGCUCCACUCCACCGGCAGCAUGUCAGAUCUACUGCGAUACAUAGACUACGACCACAAGGCCACUUUCCUGAAGAUGCUCAACCAGCAGCGGAUGGAAGGCGAGCACUGCGACGUGGUGGUGGUGGUGGAGAACAUCGAGUUCAGGGCCCACCGCUGCGUCCUGGCGGCCUGCAGCAACUACUUCAAGAAGCUCUUCAAGAAGCAGAGCGACGAGGACAACUCCAUCGUGGAGCUGGACUUCAUUCGCUCGGACAUCUUCGAGGAGGUGCUCAACUACAUGUACACGGCCCGGCUGGCGGUCCGGAAGAAGGACAUCAACAUGAUGAUGUCGUCCGGCCAGAUCCUGGGCAUCAACUUCCUGGAUAACUUGUGCACGCAGAAGCGGGAGCUGACCAACAUGAAGACGCGGGAGAACCAGGCCCCCGGGGACCACGGCAUGCGAGCCCAGGACGCCAUCCUGAAGGAGCUGGCCAUGGAGGAGGUGCGGAAGAACAGCUUCUACGACCAGGGCAUGGACGGCAUGGGCGCGGGGGGCUCGCACCUGCCCCCGCCGCACGGCUACAACACGGGCAUGGCCAAGGACGCCCACGCGCACGGCUGGGGCUCGUCCUCGUCGGGCGACAUGAAGCUGGAGUACCUGCUGUACGGCCACCGCGACCACAGCGCCUGCCCCGGCGCCGGCGCCAAGCCCCUGGACCACGGCGCCAAGAAGGAGCGGCUGCUCACCGCCAACCGGCCGUACGGCUGCGAGCACUGCCCCAAGGCUUUCACCACCGCCGCCCACCUCAAGGAGCACCUGAAGAUCCACUCGGGCUACAAGCCGCACCGCUGCGUGGUGUGCGGCAAGGCCUUCAUCCGCGGGCCCGACCUCAAGCGCCACGAGCGCGUGCACAGCAACGAGCGGCCCUUCGCCUGCCAGCUGUGCGAGAAGGCCUUCAAGCACAAGUCGCACCUGAAGGACCACGAGCGGCAGCACCGCGGCGAGCGGCCGUUCAACUGCGGCUCGUGCGACAAGGCCUUCAUCAAGGCGUCGGACCUGAAGCGCCACUGGAACACCAUGCACAGCGGCAACCCCCGCCGACAGAUGUCGCUGUCGCCCGCCGCCUCGCAGCACGGCGCCGCCGCCGACGAGCCGAGGGACUGGAAGCUGGAGACGGCGGCGCACUCGCACAACUCCGACUGCUGAGCCUCUCGGGGGACGGGGACGCGCGCUUGUGGCGCGACACCCCCCGCGGACAAACGCUUUAAACGGCAGGGGCGCGGCCCGCGGACGCCGAGCGGGCGGCGGCGGGCCCCCGAGGGAGCGGCGUGCGUUGGAAGGAACGCGUUUUGUUUCCACUCGUAGACUCGUGUAAAUGUUUAGGUCACGCUGCCGUACGCCCGCGUCUCCCCGGGCGACCCACCUCUCAUGACCACGGUGGCUUGGGUGGGAUUUUUCACAUUGAAAUCUUUCUUUAACUGGGGGGGGGGGCGGGGGUGUCCAAAUGUUUCCCAAAGCAAUCCAACGCAAGUCGACCUGUUCAUAUGUCAUAAUCUCAUUAAUAAUCAACUGGGGGGACACCCCUGGUUUAACCCUUCAUGAUUUGUUGUCUCCAAACGAGGGGGGGUGGGGGGGGGGCAUUGCUUAUAUUCACGUGGAUGUGUUUAGUUGUAUUGAUUGAAUAUUCCCAUUCUUCUUCCGCUGCACGAGAAAGAGUCACGGCUCAGACCAAAGUCUGGGACAGCGCGGGCCGCCGGACUAGAUUUACUGUUAUACAGUAUGGGGGCGUGGCCUGCCGCGUGUACAUACUGUAGCUUAGCUUGUGGCACAAUUACAGUUCACAAUAAGGAAUUAUGAGCGCACACGUAAAUAUAUAUAUAUAUAUAUACAUAUAUAAAUAACCUUGUCUGACACUUUGACAAUAAACACCAUUUGCUGUGUUUCCUA